AUGGCCGCGGUUCCCGAGGUGUUGCAGCAGCAGGAGGAGGACCGCAGCAAGCUGAGAUCUGUGUCAGUGGACCUGAAUGUUGAUCCCUCGCUUCAGAUUGACAUACCUGAUGCACUCAGUGAGAGAGAUAAAGUCAAAUUUACAGUGCACACCAAGACCACACUGCCCACAUUUCAGAGCCCAGAGUUUUCUGUUACAAGGCAACAUGAAGACUUUGUGUGGCUACAUGACACCCUUAUUGAAACUACAGACUACGCUGGGCUUAUUAUCCCGCCAGCGCCCACCAAGCCUGACUUCGAUGGCCCUCGAGAGAAGAUGCAGAAGCUGGGAGAGGGUGAAGGGUCGAUGACCAAAGAAGAGUUUGCCAAGAUGAAGCAGGAGCUGGAAGCUGAGUACCUUGCCGUCUUCAAGAAGACUGUGUCUUCACACGAAGUCUUUCUUCAACGGCUCUCCUCUCACCCUGUUCUCAGUAAAGACCGCAACUUCCAUGUUUUUUUGGAAUAUGAUCAAGAUCUAAGUGUCAGGCGGAAAAAUACCAAAGAGAUGUUUGGUGGCUUUUUUAAAAGUGUGGUGAAAAGUGCUGAUGAAGUUCUUUUUUCAGGAGUUAAGGAGGUAGAUGACUUUUUUGAGCAAGAGAAGACUUUCCUCAUCAACUAUUACAACAGGAUCAAGGAUUCCUGUGCAAAGGCUGACAGGAUGACCAGAUCUCAUAAAAGUGUCGCAGACGAUUAUAUCCACACCGCAGCCUGCUUGCAUAGCCUGGCCUUAGAGGAGCCUACAGUCAUCAAGAAGUACCUGUUGAAGGUGGCUGAGCUGUUUGAAAAACUUAGGAAAGUGGAGAGUCGAGUCUCCUCAGAUGAAGACCUGAAGCUGACCGAGCUCCUGCGCUACUACAUGCUCAACAUAGAGGCUGCCAAGGAUCUCUUAUACCGACGCACCAAAGCCCUCAUUGACUAUGAGAAUUCAAACAAAGCUCUGGAUAAGGCCCGGUUAAAGAGCAAAGAUGUCAAGCUGGCCGAGGCACACCAGCAGGAAUGCUGCCAGAAGUUUGAACAGCUCUCUGAAUCUGCAAAAGAAGAGCUAAUCAAUUUCAAACGGAAGAGAGUGGCAGCGUUUAGGAAGAAUCUAAUUGAAAUGUCUGAACUGGAAAUAAAGCAUGCCAGGAACAACGUGUCGCUCCUGCAAAGCUGCAUCGACUUGUUCAAGAACAACUGA